AUGCCAUUCCUCGGCCAGGACUGGCGGUCCCCCGGGCAGAGCUGGGUGAAGACGGCCGACGGCUGGAAGCGCUUCCUGGACGAAAAGAGUGGCAGCUUCGUGAAUGACCUUAGCAGUUACUGCAGCAAGGAGGUGUACAACAAGGAGAAUCUCUUCAACAGCCUCAACUAUGAUGUUGCAGCCAAGAAGAGGAAGAAGGACAUGCUGAACAGCAAAACCAAAACUCAGUAUUUCCACCAAGAAAAAUGGAUCUAUGUUCACAAAGGAAGUACUAAAGAGCGCCAUGGAUAUUGCACUUUGGGGGAAGCUUUCAACAGACUGGAUUUCUCGACUGCUAUCCUAGAUUCCAGAAGAUUUAACUAUGUAGUGCGGCUGUUAGAACUGAUAGCGAAGUCACAGCUCACAUCCCUGAGUGGCAUUGCCCAGAAGAACUUCAUGAACAUUUUGGAAAAAGUGGUACUGAAAGUCCUUGAGGACCAGCAAAACAUCAGGCUCAUAAGAGAACUCCUGCAGACUCUCUACACAUCCUUGUGCACGCUGGUCCAAAGAGUCGGCAAGUCUGUGCUGGUCGGGAACAUUAACAUGUGGGUGUAUCGGAUGGAGACGAUUCUCCACUGGCAGCAGCAGCUGAACAACAUCCAGAUCACGCGGCCUGCCUUCAAAGGCCUCACCUUCACAGACCUGCCCUUGUGUUUACAACUGAACAUCAUGCAGAGGCUGAGUGACGGCCGCGACCUGGUCAGCCUGGGCCAGGCGGCGCCCGACCUGCACACGCUCAGCGAGGACCGGCUGCUGUGGAAGAGGCUCUGCCAGUACCACUUCUCCGAGCGGCAGAUCCGCAAGCGAUUAAUUUUGUCAGACAAAGGGCAGCUGGAUUGGAAGAAGAUGUAUUUUAAACUUGUCCGAUGUUACCCAAGGAAAGAGCAGUAUGGAGACACCCUUCAACUUUGCAGACACUGCCACAUUCUUUCCUGGAAGGGCACUGACCACCCGUGCACGGCCAAUAACCCCGAGAGCUGCUCCAUCUCACUUUCACCCCAGGACUUUAUCAACUUGUUCAAGUUCUGA